GGCACUUCCGACCUCUCCGCCUCUCCUUUCACUCGGUUUCAGUUUCGAGGAACUGCACAGGGACAUCGGGUGCGCCCCGGUGAGGAGCGACUUCAGCCGACUCGCUCAUUUCUCCCCAAAGCUCGGGCCCCCCGGGACGGGAAGGGUCCCCUGGGCGAAGGUGAGCAAAUGGUCGCUUCCUGCUUCCGGUUUCCGCCUCCAGCCGGCUUCCGGAAGCCGCUCUCAAAAAUGCUCAAGUGCGGUGUGGAAGUGGCCGGGGCUGCGGGAGUCGGAGUCGGUCCUCGGGCCUGAGCCUGGAGGCCGCGCUCCCGGGUGUCGUUGAUGUUUGGGGCCGACGGGCGCCCAGCGAUCGGAGCCGCCGCCGCCGCCGCUGCCGCCGCCGCCGCCGCCGCUGGGAAGAGCUGGCAUUUCAGUCGAACAAUGGAAGAACUUGUUCAUGAUCUUGUCUCUGCACUGGAAGAGAGCUCUGAACAAGCCCGAGGUGGAUUUCCUGAAACGGGAGAUCAUUCUCGAAAUCUAUCUUGCCCUCUGAAACGCCAGGCCCGGAAGAGGAGAGGAAGGAAGCGGAGAUCCUAUAAUGUUCACCACCCAUGGGAGACUGGCCACUGCUUAAGUGAGGGCUCCGACUCUAGUCUAGAAGAAGCCAGUAAGGACUACAGAGAGAAGCACAGCAGUAAUAAGAAGGACCGUAGUGACUCUGACGACCAAAUGUUAGUGGCCAAGCGGAGGCCAUCUUCAAACCUCAACAGCAGUGUUCGAGGGAAGAGACUUCUGUGGCACGAGUCUGACUUUGCAGUGGACAACCUUGGGAACCGAACUCUGCGCCGGAGGAGGAAGGUGAAGCGCAUGGCCGUGGAUCUCCCGCAGGACAUCUCCAACAAAAGGACAAUGACCCAGCUGCCUGAAGGCUGCAGAGAUCAGGACAUGGACAAUGAUAGAGCUAGUCAGUAUCCAGAGUUUUCCCGGAGUAAAGUUAAGAAAAGGAAGCUGAAAGGGAUUAGGCCAGGACCCAAAACCCAGGAGGAAGGAGGAGUUUUGGAAAGUGAAGAAAUAAGCCAGACCAACAAGGACAAAAUGGAGUAUGAGGAACAGAAAGCCUCGGAUGAGCUCAGGAGCGAAAGUGAUUCCAGCAGUCUCAGCAGCACUGACGCCGGCUUGUUCACCAAUGAUGAGGGAAGACAAGGUGAUGAUGAACAGAGCGACUGGUUCUAUGAGAAGGAAUCGGGAGGGGCAUGCGGGAUUGCUGGAGUCGUGCCCUGGUGGGAGAAGGAAGACCCAGCCGAGCUGGACGCCAACCUCCCCGACCCUGUGUUUGAGAGUAUCUUAAGUGGUUCCUUCCCGCUCAUGUCACAUCCUGGCAGAAGAGGUUUCCAAGCUCGACUCAGCCGCUUGCAGGGAAUGCCUUCAAAGAAUAGUAAAAAAUCUGGAGGGGCUUCACCUUCAAUGGCUACAAACUGGACCACUGAGAUUCCCCUAUAAACCAAAUCUUCUAAUGCUAAUAAGUUAGUUACGCCUUGAACACCUGGGAAAUGGCGUUCGAGGGAACCUGGCUCCCGGCCGCUUCCCUGGAGGAUACACUCAAGUGCGAGCCUCUGUGGUGCAGACCUGAGGCUGAUUCUGCUGCAGGAUCCCUUUCUUUUAGCCUGAAGUGAAUCUGACUGGGGAGGCUUCCCUGGAAUGUAGGCUGGCCCAGGGUAGAUAAAAACUACGAACUACUGUAUAUUUUUAUAUAUUUUUCUUUUACGGCUUUCAACAUUGGAUCUAUUUAUGUAUUACUUGCUUUGCCAAAUGCUAUCUAAAGAUAGAAAAUUGAAAACUAUAUUUAACCCACGUAUUCCUUAAUGUUUCUAUCACUGGUUAAGAUUCAGUUUUAAUGUCUGACUGUUGUAAAUAAGAAAUAAUGCAUUGCCAUUCAUGGUUCAUUUGAGCAGGAGUCUCCUCUACCAGUGUGAUUGAAAACAGUUGCAUUUUACUCAGGGUACUUGAAUAAGGUGAUGUAAGUAAUAGUUGAGGUUGAUGAUCUUUAUGUUUAUUCAGCUAACUUCACACUUGAACAAUUGUUCUGCAUUAAUCCUGUUAUAGUUUUUACUGUACUGCAAAAGUCCUCCUACUUCUCACUUGGCACAGUGAGGACAAACUGGUCAGCAUCGGGGAAUUGUCUGCUCUUACGUUUUCAGUGGCGUGUGUCUGAUCUUUGACUGAGUCACAGCUGCCUCACUGGCUUGGCGCUUGAUGAGAUCACUGAUCCACGUGCUUGAACAAUAGUGCGUGACCCAGUCCUACCAUCAUGUCUAACGUGAGAUGCUUGUUCAUCCUUAGGAUGGCAGCCCCGUGUGGACCAUUGAGUUUUAGAAAUACUUGCAUAAGCUCAUUUUCACCAAUCAGGAGGAAAAUCAAACAUUUUCAUUGGUGGUAUAAUUUUUACAUUUUAUUAGUUCAAGCCAUUUGAGUUUUUUAAAAUGGUUAUUUUAAAAUGAUUACUAUUUUUGUACAAUUCCUAUAAUUGAUAGGCUUUGUGGUUUAAUGUUUCCAUACUGUAUGGUUUGAUUGUCAGCUCAGCAUUUAAUGGCUAAAUUAAAUAUGAUUGGAAAGGAAACUUAAAGUUGACAUUGCUUUUACCCCAGAUUUUGUGUUCUGAAAGAUUUAAAAUUAAGUAGUAAAGUCUGACAAUGUCUCUGAAGAGACUUAAGGCGACAUAGUGCGAGUUGAGCAUCCUGACUUUCCCAUGUUUAAAGGUGCAGAGAUGUGCUAAGUAAUUGUAGUAGGGAUUUUUAGACUGUGUCUCAGGGCAAAAAUUUAUGGGUUUUUUUUCUGAAUUACAGAAAUGCUUUUGUUUUGUAUGGUCACUAUCCUUUAGAUCUGAAUAAGUCACCCUAACACCGCGGCCUAUGAACUUCACCUCACCAAUCAUGAACUAGAUGAGUGCUAUCUAAUUCUCGGCUUAGUUUUACCUAUUUUUAUUUUUGGUCCACUGCUUGCUUGAGCGUGACUGGGAUUUGUAGCCCAUUUUCUAGGCUUAUUGCGGCCUCACUGUGGUAUUUUAUAGAAGCUAUUACACUGAUAGGCUAGCUUCAUGGUGCUGAUGAUACAUGGCUUCACCAUACCGUAAGCUGCCUUCCCUGUCUAAAUUGUAAAGAGGUGAUCAGGCCUCACUUCAUGGAGAUAUUCUGUGUGUGCGUUUUACAUGGAAUGAGUGUGUUGGGCCAUGACAUAUUCUCCUGGUCAGACUUUCACUGCAAACAGAGGACUCUGAACUGUCCUUAUUUAGAGUUUUACAUAUUGUAUUUUUUUUCCCAAUAAAAUCUCUGACUUGGGUAAUAAAGGUAAGAUUUUCAGUUUUUGCUAUUUUUCAAUUCUCUAUAUGUUUUUGCUACAUAGUUUACUACCUUAAAAACUUUAACAUGCUAAGGCAAUCAUUAUUAAGGAGUAUCUGUUAUUUCUUAUAAUAAGAAAUUAAAUUAAUUUAGUGUAAAUUCACACUGGGAAAGCCAAAGUAUAUUUGAAAGAUUCAUUUCACGGGCAGAUUUCAACACAUGCAGCUCCAACCCAUUAAAGAGGACGGCCACAGAGGCUCUUGAGUGGGAACGAUGUUGAGGGUGGGGGUCUGUGAAGGAAAUGACGGGAACCUAACUGAGCUGUGACUGCUCCCAGGUGGCUGUCCUUACUCCACACAGGCUAGGUAAGACUGCAGGCUCUGUAGGGUUAGGUUCCUGGGGGCCUAGGGUUCCCAUCUUCUCAUCAGCUGCUGUUGCAUGUUGUUCUGUGUGUAGUUGUGUUUAAAGGUAUUUACUGUGUAUUGCUGAGUCUUGAUGUGGAACUUAUGGAUAAUAGCACCAAAAAGGCUGAGCAAAGAUUCUCUAACAAGAAUUUUAUCCAUCAGGCUCGCUAUGACCUCCUCAUGCUUAGUAACAAUGACAGACUCCACUUUGAACCUGAGUUUGGGGCCUGAAUUUGAAAGCAGUGAAUUCACCAGAUAAAGCACAGAAAUGUCAAUAACCCAGUCCUCAGUGGGUCACACAAGGAACACUUGCUUACAGGAUCAGAGCUGCAGUAAGAAGAGAGUCUGUGUUCUCCUAGCUGGGCGUGCUCACUUGGUGAGGCAGCUCAGCUGUGCUCAUGUACUUUCUACUGCUGUACACAUAUCUGAGAGAGUCUUCACAAGCUCUGAGUAUUGCCUUUCAGGUUGCAAAUAAAUUUUAGCUGGUAAAUAACUUUUCAGAUUCAGAAUCUGCAAGGUGUAACAAAAAUUGAAUAGUUUUUGUAGAAAACAGUGAAAUUGUAGAACAGUGGUUCUCAACCUGUGGGUUGUGACCUCCACAGGGGUUGGAUAUCAGAUAUCCUGCCUAUCAGAUAUUUACAUUAUGAUUUAUAAUGUUAUGAAGGAGCAACAAAAUAAUUUUCUGGUUGGGAUUGGUCACCACAUCACGAGGAACUGUACGUACUGAAGUGUUGCAGCAUUAGAGAUUGAGAACCGCGGUUGUAGAGUGUUACAGAUGGGGAACUCAUGUACUCAUAAAUUCACUCUGGCUCUUAAUAUUACUUCAGCAUACAUUGUAAACCUCAGUUUGUUUUUUUGUUAAAUAUAGAGUACUUACUUUAUAGAAGUUUUUCAGGCUUUAAUGAGGUGAAGUACACUAUAAUAGGCUCAGGUCCAUCUUUGACACAUAGUAUACAAUAAUAAGUGAUAAUUACUGUUGUUAUGGCAGAUAGUAAACAUAGCUGGUAAUGCAACUUACAUUUUUAUCAUGAAUCCAAGUGUAGAAUUUGACCUUCAGCUUUUCAAUUCAUGUUUUAUAGAUGAUUUGACAUUACCUUAAUAGAGUGCUUUAUUUUAUAGACCUUUAGGUUCUUUUUGUAUCUUAUUUAUGUUUGAUCUGACGUCUGUCUUUAAGAUAGUCUGAAGAAUUUUUUUGAAUGAAUUUUUGAUUAACAAGUACUUAACUCUCAAAAUUGAACUGCAAGCUAUAAAGCCUGUCUCUUCAUGCCUUUUCCAUCUCAGAUCAUCAAGCUAUUCUUUUACACUGUUUACGAGGUUUGAAUCCAGUUUUAAUCCUUAAAUAAUUGUGACCAUGUAUAUGUGAGAUUAUGUCUUGAGAGGUUACUGUUGGGGAAUAUUUGGCGGGGCAUGGUGAUGUAUACUAGUAAUCCCAGCACUUGUGAGGCAGAGACCAGAGACUCAGGCGUUAAAGAUCAUCCUUGGUAAAAUAGCAAAUUUGAGGUUAGCCUGGACUAGAUGAGACCCUAGCUCAAAGAUCGCAAAAAGAAGAAUUACUGCUGUUGUCUGGUUAGAAACUCCAGUUUAUUGGUGCCCUGCUAGCCAGUCUUUUACUACAUAAUUUUAGGAGAAUUACUACUUCUAUGGAAUGUGCUAGGGUAAUAUCUUGCUUGAGUUUUACUGCUGUGAACAGACACCAUGGCCAAGGCAAUUCUUACAAUAGACAACAUUAAAUUGGGGCUGGCUUACAGGUUCAGAGAUUUACCCCAUUAUCAUCAAGGUGGGAGCAUGGCAGCAUCCAGGCAGGCAUGGUGGUGGAGGAGCUGAGAGUUCUCCAUCUUCAUCUGAAGGCUGACAGGACAAGACCAGCUUCCUGGCAGUGAGGACGCGGGUCAUAAAGCCCACACCCACACUGGCAGGCUUACUUCCUCCAGUAAGACCCCUCCUAAUAGUGCCACUCCCUGGACCAUGCAUAUUCAGACUACCCCAAGGCCACCCCUCCUAAUAGUGCCACUCCCUGGACCAUGCAUAUUCAGACUACCCCAAGGCCACCCCUCCUAAUAGUGCCACUCUCUGGACCAUGCAUAUUCAGACUACCGCAGGUAGUCACUGAGAAGAUUCAGCCUGCACCCCAGAGAGGAUAGACUUUUAUUAAGUACAGCCCAGCAUGAUAACACAGUAAUGAUGGUGCAAUCUAGCUUGAGGAGACUAUCCUUUCUAAAGGCUAGCUGUCUCUUCAGCCAGAAUACCCUACUCUUUGGUGGGUUUUUUGUUUCCUUUUUGUUUGAUUUUUAAGAGAGUCUUACUGUGUAGCCCUAGCUGUAAGGAACUCACUGUGUAGUCCUGACUGGCAUUGAACCUUUGAACCUGCCUCUUCCCAGUGUUGGGAUUAAAGGUGUUCACUCAGAAUAAGUGUUCCAAUUAUGUUUUCCAAUUGUGUAUUCCAAUUUGUGUUUUCUGAAGGUAAGAGUUUUAAAUUCUCUUUUUAUUUUGUUUUAAACUAAUGAAUCAUCAACAGGUCUAAUACCCACUUAAGUUAUUCAAAUUGCAAUGACUGCAGGAAGAUUGGGAGAAAAGACUCAUCUGAAAACACAGUGUUUGAAAUCAGUAUUAUGUAAGAGGACGUGGUAAAGUAGAGCGCUUUGUUUUCAGUGUUUACAGCUGUUUGAAGACCAUUUUUGUUCAAUUAUAAGACCAUGUAAGGUGUUAUGCAAAAAAAAAAAAAAAUGAAUGUGCUGGAGUAGAUUUCUUAUGUCAGUGUUUUCAAGUUUAUGAUCAAAGCCUACAGGGUAACCCUUUCCACAAACUGUCCUGUCACUGAUCUUCCAUACUUUGUGUCUGUCACUCAGGGCACAGGAGCCCUUAAGGCAGUUCAUGCUGUGACUGGCCAUGACUGACUAUUGUAGGUCCUUCCUCUGUGACCGUCUUACUAUAGUGAAGUCUUCAUGUGCCCGCCCGGUGUUUGUGGUGCAGUCUCAUAAGGUUCUAACCACGUUUAGGCUCUGCUAUAGCCUCUACUGAGAAGACUCACUUAAAAUGGAAUUGGUUUAGAAAGGGGAUGUAAAUAACUAUUUUUUCAGACUAGUCAAAGAGGAAAGAGUUUAUGACAGAAAAUAAAUCUAAAAUGAUGUAAAAUAACAUACAGCCCGUGUCUGCAACUAUAUUUUGAUUAUAAGGUGAGUAUUAUUCAAGCCUUUUUAGUGGAGGUUUUAGCAGCUGAGUCCUUUAUUAUCAUUGUUCUGCCUGGAAAUCUGCAUUCCUAGAGCAUUUUCAGAGCUUUUGGAGAAUGUAUGUUUAGAAAGUUAUAUUCUAAUUAUGCUAAUUAUAUAAUUAUAUAAUUUCAUGUUCUUUUCAAUAUCAGCUUGAGACCCAGAUUUCAAGCUAUUUUAAUCUUAGAAUUUUUUGAGAUAAAAUUGGUUCUGUAUUAUAGAAAAGUACAAAUUAAUAAAAUGUUAAUAUUUCUUAUAUGAAAUCUAGUAAUGUCUGUUUGCUUUAUAUAUUUUACUUUCAUGCUACUUUAUAUUUUAUAUUGUGAAAUUUUAAUGACCAUAAUUGUUAACUGAAAAUGAAAAUCCUAUAACAUCUAAUUAAGAUCGCUAUUAAUACAGAUAUUCUUGGAUUAUAUUUUUAAUGUGGAUUACAUAUUUAAUGGGGCAUUGUAGUAUACCCACUUAUUUAUUCACUUACUUGCAUUUGAAUGCUGUAUUCUCCAUAUGCUUAAAAACUCCUUAGGAAGUAUUUGAAAACAGUCCCAUCAUGCUAUUUUAAUGCUUUACACAUUAAAUGUGACUACAUAUGUCUUUCCAUAGAUUACAUACCUGUGCUUGCCUCUCUCCUGACUUCGUUUAGAUGUGGCUUCAUGUGUUUGAAUUUGGGUUUGUGAUUUCAGUAUGGUGUGCUAUGUGAAACACAUAUAACGAUGCUCAGUGUGUGCUGGAUUCCUUCUGUGUACUGUUUAUAUAUUUAAGUUAAUACUAUUAACAUUCCUAUAAAGUAGGUUUGUGUAUACAUGUUAAACUGUUUUUCCUUUGAUAAAUUGAAAUUAAUAUAUGAUUUGGGCAUUUCUUCAUAUUGCUGUCAUGUUGCUAAUAAAUAUAAAUAAAUUCUCUUCCUAAAGUA